AGCUACGGCCUUAUGCCGCUUCUCUUGUUGUCGAUCGGUAUGGAGAUACUAGUCACAGAGGCCAUACACCCGUCAACGCAGUUGCCGGCAGCCUACAGGUCUUCAGCUGGAUCUACUCUUCCACUCCACUCGCAGGCCCUGAGCGAGCUGCACGGCUUUGUUGUCGACGAGUACGACGGCGACCCGAGGACACGAAACGUCAAGUCCGCCAUCGUCGACGAGAUCAACGUCAAGCACGAGUGCUGUGGGGUGCUGCACCACGGGUCUUUCAGUACCAACGUGAAAUGGAAGAAGGCCGAUACCUUUGUGAUUCCCUCGUCGUGCUGCAAGCUCAAAUCCAAAGAAGACUUCUUGAAGCGCCGGACAUACAAUCUGCAGGAUCCAACAUGCCCGGCUCACCCAACGGCUGACAACUCUAACGCUCUUAAGGUCAGCCACUGUGUGUUCGGUGUUGUGUAUGUGUCCAAGGUCAAGGCCGCCAGUCGCGCCCGCAGGAACAGCACGGAGCUCCCCCCAAUUGAAGACCUCCACGGCACGCCCCCUUCGCCUUCCCACAAUCGCCUCAACUCGUAUCAGUUGUAUCCGGUUCCUGGCCUGCAUCCGGUUGUUUACGAGUUCCAGUCCCCGGUUCUCAGUUCAGCGGGGACUCGACUACAUCCAGACUCGUCAACUAACUUGCCGCUCCGAGCCACCUACAUGCUGGACUUGGAGGAGGAGAAGGAGGGGGAGGAAAAAGAGGAGGAGGAGAAUACAGUCAAAAAAUAAAACUUCUAGUCCCUUUGGGCGUUAUUUUAGGCUUCAUAAUUCCGCAAAAUAAACUGUGAUGGACAUGAA